GAUAAAUAUAAAAAGGUUGGAGGUAUUCCAUACGCAAAAGAGCAGUGAGGUUGGACUAAGUCAUUGGAAGUGGAAGCGGUGAGAUAAAAGGGAGAAAGAAAAAGAGAAGAUCAUGUUGGAAGGGAAAGCCACCGUCAAACAAACCGACAUGUCGGAGAAGAUGCAGAUUCACGCCAAGGCCUCUGCAUCUCACGCCCUCGAUCUCUUCGACGUCUCCGAUUGCCUCUCUCUUGCUGCCCAUAUCAAGAAGGAAUUUGAUCGGAGCUAUGGGAGUGGGUGGCAAUGUGUGGUGGGUUCCAAUUUCGGCUGCUUCUUCACUCAUUCAAAGGGGACCUUCAUCUAUUUUUCUCUUGAAACUCUCAAUUUUCUCAUCUUUAAAGCUGCUUCCAACUAAUUAUUUCCAAACUUACCAUUUCAAAGCACCACAAAUGCUUUCAUCUUCAGGGGCACCCUCGUCCUUUCCCCUCCUCCCUCUAAAUCUCAUGGAACCAACCAUGUAUGUGUAUCAAUUAUGUUUCGCCAUUCACUUUCUUUCUUCCUACUUCAUCUCCUUCUACUUGUAAUA